CUAUCUAUCUUGAGGCUUGUUUGAUUUGUUAGUAAUAUUUCAUUAUUCUUUUUCUCUUCCCUCUCAUUGCAUUCAUUACCUCCCAUAUUUUUCUUGAUUUUCUGCUGGGACUCAACAUUUUUCUCACCAAGAUUACAUUUUUCUUCCAUUUUUUUUUCUCUUUUGGUGGAUUUUUAACUAUUUUCUUGGUUUUCUUGCCACCCUUUUGAUUUGCCUUUUUUUUUUUCCUAGUUGGGAUUGUUAAGUGCAAAAUUUGGGUGUAAAAAGACUUGAUUUUUUAGCUUGUUUGAGCUAAUAUGCAGUUAAAGAUUAGAUUUUUCCAUUUGGGUGUGGCUAAAUUAGAUCAUGGAAGUGUUAAACAUGCAUGUACAUAUCAUAAUAGGUAAGUUUCAUAGUUUUAGUUUGGAAUUCUUGAUAAUAUCAUCUUUGGUGAGUUUAUGGUUUGCUAUGGGAGAUAAUAAUACAGAUGAGAAAAGGAAAAGUAGAAUGGAAAUGGAGGAUAAUAAUCUUUCCAGAAAUAGAAUUUCAAGGGAUUUGUUGCAAAGAUUCAUGGAGGGUAGUGGUAGUAGUAGCAGCAGUUUAGCUAAAUCUGUAGUAACAAAAGAGGAAAAAGAUGAAGGAGAAGUAGAGUUGAAUCUUGGUUUAUCAUUAGGAGGUAAAUUUGGUAUAGACAAGUAUACUAAUAAUAAUAAGUUGAUUAGGUCUUCUUCUGUUGCUUCUUGUUUACCAAUAGUUAGAGAUGAUAAUGAUGCUAUUGCAACACCACCAGUGUCUAAUUAUCCUACUUUGGUUAGAACAUCUUCUUUACCUGUUGAAACUGAGGAAGAAUGGAGGAAAAGGAAAGAGUUGCAAACUUUAAGAAGAAUGGAAGCUAAGAGAAGAAGAUCAGAGAAACAGAGAAAUUUAAGGAGUGAUAAAGAAAGUGGAGGAGGAAGUAGUGUUGUUGGUGGUGGUGGUGGAAGUAUGGAAGAUGAAAAGAAGGAAAUUGAGAUGAAUUUAAGAGGUAGAUUGGAUAAAGAACAGUACUUGGCGACCGCGAAAAGGUUUGGUUUAUCGGUAUCGCCAACGUUGGCUGCUGUAGCAAGGCAAGGUGGAGGUGGGAUAGAGUUGCCAAUGGGGAAAGGUAAAGGAAGUUAUUCAGGUAGUAACAUGCAAGGACAUGGGCAACAAUUGGGGUCACAAGGUUCUGUGGAAUCCCAAGGUGGUGGUGGUAGUUCUUCAAGUAUGUCUGAAUUGGAAAGUAAAAUUCCACAAGGGUCUGGCGAACUAAGCCCUGCCAGUAUCCAAUCAUUACAAGGAGGCGGGAGUCAAGAUGUUGGUUCGUCUGGGUCAAAAAUGAGAGAGGCUGGAAGCAGAAUGUCAGGAGGUGAUAUGGACAGUCCAUCUAAGAGGCUCGAGGCAGCAAAAAAUCGGGCCAAGGAAACUGGAGCAAACAUGUUAGAAAAUAUGCCAUGCGUUUUCACGAAAGGAGAUGGUCCGAAUGGUAGAAGAGUAGACGGAAUAUUAUACAGGUACGGUAAAGGGGAGGAGGUAAGAAUUAUGUGUGUUUGUCAUGGUAGUUUUCACUCACCAGCAGAGUUUGUCGAGCACGCUGGAGGCACCGAUGUUGCUCACCCUCUCAAGCAUAUAGUCAUAAACCCCAAUGCUUCUCCCUUGCUGUGACUGAUACCAGCAGAGUAGUAAGAAUCUCUUUCGUUUCCAUUUUUAUUUCUUUGAUUCCUCUUUCUUAAGAGUGAGAUAUAUGUAUCGACUCGUGCACGUCUUGGGUAGGGAUAUUGGGCUCAAGGAAAGAGUUCUGUAUGUGCAUUUUACGGAUUCUUUUUAGGAAAUUCAGAGGAAAUGAAUGUUGAAUGAUAUCAUGGUCCUUCCUUACUUUGGACCCUUUUGAUCCUUUACCAUAUGUUACCUUUACUUUAAACUGUACAUAUAUUGCAUAGUCAAAUCUUUAUCCA